AUGGAUAAAGAUUGGAUAUGGUCCAAUAAUAAAUUGUCCAUGGAAUACACCAAUGGGGUUAGUAAUUUCAUUACACUUGCAUGUGGUCACUUGAAUGACGAGAAUAAAACUCGUUGUCCAUGCACCCAAUGUGUGAACUUCUAUUAUUACGAAUUAGAAACAAUAGAACGACACCUAUGGGUCAAUGGAUUUUCUAAGUCAUAUACAAAUUGGGUAUUCCACGGUGAGGACAAAACUAGUUCUAGCUUCAAUGUUGAUGAAUUAGAGUCCGACAUAAAUGAAGAUAGCGUAGAUUCUGAGGAUGAUGACGACAUGAUAGAGGCAAUUCAAGAUGUUGCUGGUGGAAUAAAUUUUGAAACUUAUCAAGAUGAAGAAAUUGCAGAGGAAGAAUCUCAUUAUGAACCGACAAAAUUUAAAGAACUAUUUGAAGAAGUAAAGAAAGAGUUAUAUCCUGGGUGUUCGAAGUUUUCUUCUCUAACAUUUUUGGUGAAAAUGAUGCAUAUCAAGGUGCUAAAUAAAUUAAGUAACAAAGCUUUUGACAUGAUACUUAAUAUGUUUCGUGAAGUUCUUCCAAAUGACCAUAAAAUACCAAGGUCUCAUUACGAAGCUAAACGAAUGUUACGCAAACUUGGAUUGGGCUAUGAGAUAAUUCAUGUAUGUGAAAAUGAUUGCACUCUAUUUUGGAAAGAACAUAAGGAUGCUACUGAAUGCCCUAUUUGUGGAUUUUCAAGAUACAAACUCAAGGGAAAAAGGAGAAAAAAUGUACCAGUAAAAAAAAUGCAUUACUUUCCAAUUACUCCACAUCUACAAAGACUCUUUAUGUCACGGCAUACUUCAGAAGAAAUGAGGUGGCACAAAGAAAAACAUCUAAAUACUGAAGGUGUGCUUAGACAUUAUGCAGAUGGAGAAGCUUGGAAAGAUUUUGACAAACAAUAUCCAUAG